AGAAACCCACCGUUUAUCCAACAGAAGCAAGCAUGAGCUAACUAGACACAAAUCCACUUGAGUUUGUCAAAGGCAGCAGCCCAAUUCCCAUCUUCUGAUAAUACCACCCCCUAAAAAACAUACCUAUCUGAAUUCAAUUAUCCAAGAAAACAUCUACACUUACAACUGAUCUUAUUAAGCAAGUCACUUUAUCAGCCAAGAAGGAUCAAGCAUUUGGGCAGGACACUUACCACGUUCCCUCUCUGACCCAAUCAGCCUACUAUACACCUCCAGGAGGCACGAAUUCCCAUGCGCAGUGAACCCCACGCGUGUCCAGCCUUCACACAUAUGCUGCAGACCCCUCCCUCUGAGGCCUCCACACUCCAGGAACAGCCCACUUACCAAAACACACCCAACCACCCCCACCCGCAGCACCCAGAAGCAGAGGUGAGGAAUCCUGGGCCAGCUGCUCCUGAGGCUGCGGACAUCACAAUGGAGCCGACGGGCAGCCUCAUUGUCAUGUGAGUCUCCCCUGGCUCCCCUUCACUGCCAGCGCAGGGAAAGGGUGAGACCUUUCAGAGCGGCCAAGUGGGCAGGCUUCCAGCAGCAGCCUGGGAGCUAGCGAGCGGCAGAGCCACCCAGCCGGCAGGCACGGCAUUGGGCCUCGCGUUUCAACUUCUGUUCAGUUCUCCUGUAAUGGAAAAUUGCUUUGCACAAAGCUAGAGUGUUACAGUUCUUUCCAGCGCCCCUCCCCCGCCCCGCCCCACCCUCGACAGCCUUCGGAUCAGAGGGACAGCGCCCGGAGGAAGGUGCAAGGAGGGUAGCCCUGGCUUCUUACUAUGUCCCUUGCUUCAGGCCCUGGUCCCCGGUGGUUACUCUUUUCCUUUGGAAUGGGGCUGGUGUCGGGAUCCAAGUGUCCACAUAAUUGCCUGUGUCAAGCGCAAGAAGUGGUUUGCUCAAGGCAGCAAUUAACGGAAUACCCUUCUGACAUCCCCCUGAACACCCGGCGGCUAUUCCUGAACGACAACAAAAUCACUAGCUUGCCAGCCAUGCAUCUAGGACUCCUCAGUGAUCUUGUUUACUUGGACUGUCAUAACAACCGGAUCCGAGAGGUGAUGGAUUAUACCUUCAUCGGGGUCUUCAAACUCAUCUACCUUGACCUCAGCUCCAACAACCUAACCUCCAUAUCCCCAUUUAGCUUCUCAGUGCUCAGCAACCUGGUACAGCUGAACAUUGCCAACAACCCUCACCUGUUAUCGCUUGAUAAGUACACCUUUGCCAACACCAGCUCUCUGAGGUAUCUGGACCUUAGGAACACCGGCUUGCAGACCUUGGAUAAAACAGCUUUCCACCACCUCACAGUCCUGCAGACGCUCUAUCUGAGUGGAAACCCUUGGAAGUGUAACUGUUCUUUCCUGGACUUCACCAUCUUCUUGAUAGUGUCCCAUCUGGACCACCCAGAUGGUCAAAAUGCUACAUGCAUGGAGCCCACAGAGCUGAUGGGAUGGCCCAUCACACAGGUGGGGAACCCGCUCCGGUACAUGUGUAUCACGCACCUGGAUCGCAAAGACUACGUCUUCCUGCUGCUCAUCGGCUUUUGCAUCUUCGCCGCGGGCACCGUGGCUGCCUGGCUCACAGGUGUGUGUGCUGUGCUAUACCAGAAUGCCCACCGCAAGUCAAAUGAGGAUGAGACUGAGGACGAGGCCAGGAACAGGGUGGAAGUCAGCAGACGGAUUUUUCAAUCGAGGGCUAACUCAGUCCAUGUUGGGUAUCCUCAGCUGACGUAGGUCCCAGAACCACCAUCUGACGUGCCUGCCCACAGACCCCCUGCUUUGUCUUCUUAUUCCCCCCACCUAGCCACCUACUCACCCCAUCUCUCUGGAAGAGUCAUAGAGACUGAAGUCUAAUAGUAAAAUAAACAUACACUGGCCAUUUCA